CUCGAGCGGCAGUGGCAGUGGUAGUAGUAACAUGGCCGCCGCGCCCACUAGCGUCGUCGUCCUCGAUCGCGGCAAUAACACCACGUGCACAAUCAAUUUACACGGCGCUACGGUGGUUUCGUGGCGAGUCAACAAUCAGGAGCAACUUUUCGUCAGUAAACAGGCCGUUUUCGACGGGAAAAAGGCCAUCCGCGGAGGCAUCCCGUUCGUUUUCCCUCAAUUCGGAUCGUGGAAUUACGGACCUCAGCAUGGAUUCGCCCGCGUCAUUCGUUGGCACGUCGAGAAAUCGCCCGAACGAUUACCAUCUGGCGAUAUCGAGGCCAUGUUCUGCAUUGUGGACAACGAGGUGACCAGGUCCAUGUGGAACUUUCCUUUCCGCCUCUCCUAUCGGCUCAUUCUCCGUGAAAAAGAAUUGCACUUUAACAUCGGAGUCUACAAUGUCGGCAAGGAAGCCACCUUCUCUUUCAAUCUACUGCUACACACUUACUUCAAGGUCCCUGAUGUUCGCAGGUGUCAAAUCACUGGGCUGCAGGGCUGCACUUUUGUCGACAAGACCAGGGAUGGGGCCAUGUACCAGGAGGUCAGAGAUGUGGUGACUGUCAACGAGUACACAGACAGAGUGUACCAAAACACCCCACAGGAACACAUCAUCACCAACGUGGUGUCCAACAGGAAGAUGAGGAUUCAAAAGUACAACUUCCCCGAUACUGUUGUGUGGAAUCCAUGGGUUGAAAAAGCCAGGGAAAUUCAAGACUUUGGUGACGACGAGUACCCCAACAUGAUCUGCGUCGAGGCUGGACACGUUUCAGCUCCAGUGAUUCUUUUGCCUGGCACUGCUUUCGAGGCAUCUGAAAUCCUCCAAGUCAUGUGAGACUCUGCAGACAAACCUAGAAAGAAAAAAAAAUCCAACAAGUCCAAUUUUUUAACUCUUUUUCUCCUAUAAAAUUUUCAUCAUUAUUGAAUUUGACAUCACACAAAUAACCAAAAUCAAACAUUUAAAAAACAAGAAUCACAAAAGUUGUUUUCAUUAAUCAAAGGGCAAAUCAGUUUCUAGUAUUUUGUGUUCAUAGAACGGGGAACAAGAAUCCAUCCUUUUUAGCAAUAACAAGAUUCAACAUGACAACGAAAUGCAAUUUCUUCAAAAUCAAGUCUAUUAUGGCUAUUUGGUGUUCAAAAAAACAUUUUCCUCUGGUUCUCUCUCUUUCUUGUUUGAAACGUUUGUUGUCUCGUGUUCAGAGACACAAUUAUUCUAUCGCCCCCCUUCAUGGGCUUGC